GCUUGAUGUUAACGUUGACCGACGCGGAAACUGUACGAAAGUUGUAGUCUAAUUGACUUUUCUGUCGUUAUUUUUGUGUAUUUCUUCAAAUUUUACUCUACAAACUAUAUAUUGCAUUAUGUCGGAAGAACUCAGGUGUUGUUGAUGUGAAUUCUCAGCUAAAACAAUGAUCCCAGACCACGUUAGAAAUCGACGCAGUGGUUCAAACCAAAGUCGUCCAAUGAGGAAUGUCCGUGUAGUAGUGUCUGACGCUGCAGCAACCAUACGCAGGCUAUCAUGGCGGACAAAAUGUUUCUUACUCUCAACUUUGUGUUUAUCAAUGUACAUCUAUGGCAGUCUGAUCUUGUCCCUUACUCGGAAUCAUUUAGCAGAUGAUAACUUUCUCCAAACAGACAAAUGCCCAGCCUGCUAUGGCCACAGUCUUUGUUGGGCCUUCAAAGACAGUCAGAUCAAACUGAAAGGAUGGUCACAGGUUCGACUUCUGGACUUCGUUAAUAUAAAAAAUGUACAUUUUGCUGAACAUGCAGGACUUGGUCAUACCAUUGUUCUUAAAAAGUUGGCUCAUGACAAAGAACUUGAUGAUAUUGACGAGAAAUUAUGUCAAGAUGCUGUGCGUCCAGUAGGUUGUGAUGUGGCCAGGGUCCUGAUGAGAACCAACACUGGAGAUGAGAUUCGACGUCUUGGACUUUUACCAAAACAUCUGAAAGGAACAGCAUCCAUGUUUUCAUGUCCUACAUAUAAUCUGAUUGACAAAGUGAUGGAAAACUACAAAGAAAAGUUGAAACCUGACAAUCCAGAAGUUAUGACGACAGACAAGUUACAACUUUACGUGACCGCCAUCACCAACCCAGAGCCUUUGAUGCUUCAGAUGUUCCCUUCAUCAAAUGGUUGGCCUUUCCCGACAUAUUAUGGAGCUUGUGGAAGAUUCAUUGCUGUCAGUUAUGAAGGAGAGCCCCUAUACAAAUACUAUAAUGCUCCAUGGCCAAAAAGGGCUGACCUUGCAUACCAGAUUAUGAAGAUAGCAGACCGAUUGACCAACAGUGGUCAAGACUUAGCCCUCUACAUGACAGACCUGAACUAUGAGAACCUGGUUGUGGAUGAGAGCGGGAAGGUCACACUCAUUGACCUUGAGAAUAUUGUAGUGGUCGACCGGACGGCCAUUCAAAGAUUAAAGAAACCUUUAUGGAAUAAACUCCAUGAGAACAGUUUUGACGAAUGUGAUGGGAAAAACUGCCUGACUUUUUCAACAGAAGAUUUAUGUUCUAGAAUGGAUUCUGAUCUUAACUACUAUGCAGUGUGCAGAAACCUUUUAUCAAAAUAUGCAAAUGAUGCGGACUUAGGCAUGCCAGAUGGACUGCUACAUGACAUGCCAAACUUUGCAGUAGAUGAUUGGGACCUUGAACAUCUGCUCAAUGAAUGUGUACAUCCAACAGUUGCUGAAGGUCGCGUCAAAGCUAAGGAAAGAAUUAUUCAUGCUUUGGAAAACUUGCGUAAUUUAGAAGACCUUAAGGAGGCUGCUCAUCGUAUCUCCUAGCAAAUGUUAUUUUAGACUCAAUAGCAUAUUUGGAUAGACAUUAAAAAGAAAAAUGUAUUCACGAGCACAAUAACAUAAAAUUCAGGUUGAUUUCAAUUACUCAAGAUAUUUAAACAACACUUUAUACCAUAUAUGUUGCCGGUUAAUCAAUAUAUAAGACAGUCAUAGUGAUAAGUAAGGAACAAUAUGUUGGUCAAUCAAUGAAUAGAACAGAUGCUGAAGUGCUCUCAAAUUUUAAAAUGAUGACGCAAUCUUUGUAAAAGAGUGUAUUUCAGUUAUUGGUUUAUGGUUCAUUCUUUUCAAAUUACAUUAAAAAUUAAAGAAAAACAAUGUUGUUUGUUUAAGAUGUUUUAAUUCAUAAUAAUCAAGAAAUAAAUAGCACAUAGUUAAAAUGCUAAGACUAAAUCAAAGAUACAUGUAUUUUUAAAGAUAGAAUGGAUUAACAAUUCCGAAUGCAAAUUAGCAUUAUAUAAUAGUGAUAAUUCCAUUGAUUGUUAUAUUAUAAGUGAUACAUUGUAUAUAUUGUUACAGUCCUGGACCCAGUUGUUCAAACAGUGAUCUAGCUUAUAUAUAUAUAAUUAGUCACUUAAUUAGUGAAAAUCUCAUUUUACUUUAAAACCUUCAUGUGUAUAUUCCUUAUAAUAGACAGGUAUGUAUACAAUGAAGAGUGCUCUAAUUAUCUCAAUUUAGUUUUACCAGAAAUGAUUUUAUCUGGAUUUCAAAGUUUUUGUUAAAUUGGUAUUAGCUUAAUUACAAUUUGAACAAUUGGACCCUGAAGUGUUUAUUAGUGUGACUGAGAAUUGUUAGUGCCAUAUAUGUCGUAAAUGGUGCUUCCUGUUCUGUUUAAGAGUCAUAUCUAUAUAGUGAGAGUGAGUUACUUGCAAUGAUGACAUUGUGUAAGCUAUUCUUGUUGUUAAAAUAAAAUUACAGCGAGUAAACAAUUUCAUAUUUUAGUACAGACUGGCAGGAAGUGAAGAUUACAAACCCUUCUAGCAUUAAUCCAUAAUAAUUUUAGAGAGAAAUUAAAAUUCACUAUGCCUCACAGAAAUUCAUUCAUCCCAGCAUCAACCUGGUUGAAUUUUACAGCCUUGCAUAAUUUACAUCAGAUUUGGUCUCUGAAGAAAACAUAUGGCAGGAGCACGUAUGUUUGAUAUUAAAUUCUUGUAGUGUCCAUUUCAAAGCUA